AUGGAGGGUCGAUCUGCAGGGCCUUUGACGACGGAAACGUACGAUGGCCCUACUGUGGCCUUCAUGAUUUUGGGCGCCGCCUUGGUUUUUUUUAUGGUACCUGGACUAGGAUUCUUGUACUCCGGACUGGCGAGAAGGAAGUCCGCACUGGCGUUGAUUUGGGCUGUGCUGAUGGCGACGUUGGUCGGUAUACUGCAAUGGUAUUUCUGGGGUUAUUCUCUAGCUUUUUCCAAAUCCGCUCCCAAUAAUAAGUUCAUCGGGAACCUGGAUUCAUUUGGGUUUAGAAACGUGUAUGGGAAGAAAUUUGAUGAGGACGUAUAUCCAGAGCUUGCAUACGCGACGUUUCAGAUGAUGUUCUCCUGUGUCAACUUAAGUAUUAUCGCCGGCGCUACCGCCGAAAGAGGUAGACUGCUACCGCACAUGGUCUUCCUCUUUAUUCUAGCCACGAUCGCAUACUGUCCGGUGACAUAUUGGAUUUGGUCGCCAGGUGGUUGGGCAUACCAGUGGGGGGUGCUGGAUUGGGCAGGCGGUGGGAACAUUGAAAUUCUAAGUGCAGUUUCUGGAUUCGUCUAUUCUUGGUUUUUGGGCAAAAGAAAUGAAAAAUUGCUAAUAAAUUUCAGACCCCAUAAUGUGUCAUUGGUCACUUUAGGAACGUCAAUACUAUGGUUUGGUUGGUUACUAUUUAAUUCAGCGUCUUCGCUAUCUCCAAAUUUGAGAUCAGUGUAUGCGUUCAUGAACACGUGCCUCAGUGCCAUUACGGGUGGGAUGACCUGGUGUCUUCUGGAUUACAGAUCAGAAAAGAAAUGGUCGACAGUGGGUCUGUGUUCUGGUAUUAUUUCUGGGCUGGUAGCAGCGACACCAAGCUCAGGCUGCAUAACACUUUAUGGUUCACUGAUUCAAGGCAUCGUUGCAGGAGUUGUCUGUAACUUUGCCACGAAGUUGAAAUACUAUGCCAAAGUGGAUGACGCCAUGGAUAUUCUAGCUGAACACGGAGUCGCAGGUGUUAUAGGACUAAUUUUCAAUGCGCUUUUCGCGGCUGACUGGGUCAUCGGUAUGGACGGGGUUACAGAGCAUGAAGGUGGCUGGAUAACUCAUAAUUACAAGCAAAUGUAUAAACAAAUUGCUUACAUUGCCGCGUCGAUAGGAUACACUGCCGCUGUAACAGCAAUGAUUUGCUUUGUGCUCGGGUACAUACCCGGUAUGAAGUUGAGAAUUUCCGAAGAAGCGGAAGAGGUGGGUAUGGAUGAAGACCAAAUUGGUGAAUUCGCGUACGAUUAUGUGGAGGUAAGAAGAGAUUAUUAUUUAUGGGGUGUAGAAGAGAAUCUUCAACAGUCUGAAGUAAAUCAUCGCGUUAAUGGCACUCAGUCGGCCGCCGACCAUAGCAGUGCUACCAAUAGUUCCUCGGAUGGGAACGAGGAAAUGGUUCAGUCCGAAAAAAUCGCACCAUCUCAUCAAGAAAAGCCUACAAGUAGCUGA